GCCGCUCGGCUCGCACCGUCGAUCCCGGCACAUGUCAGAUCAGAUGCGGUAGGAAGUGGAGCAGAACUAAGUGGCUUUUCUAUCUCGCGCGCGCUCCUGUGGAACAGCAGACGUCCAGCAUGCCGGUCCGGGUGGUCAUGCAGGGCCCCGGGCCCUGGGGCUUCAGGCUGGUGGGGGGGAAGGACUUCGACCAGCCGCUGGCCAUUUCCCGGGUCAACCCUGGGAGCAAAGCAGCCCAAGCCAACCUGUGCAUGGGAGACAUUAUCCUGGCCAUCGACGGGGAGUCGACAGAAGCCAUGACUCACUUGCAGGCGCAGAACAAGAUAAAGGGCUGCGUGGAGGAAAUGGUGCUCUCCAUAGACAGAUCAGAGUCCAAAAUGUGGUCGCCGCUGUCCUCCGAGGAGGGGAGGGUCCACCCCUACAAGAUGAACCUCGCAUCAGAGCCACAGGAGGUGAAGCACAUCGGCUCCAGCCACAACCGGAGCGCCUUGCCUUUCACCGGCUUCGGCUCCAGGGUCGUCACCAACACGUACAACAACCCGUCCGGCCUGUACUCCUCCGAGAACAUCCAGAGCUUCAACUCCGCCGUGGAUGAAGUGAAAACCAUAGCCAGCGACCCCAGCAGCAAAGUCCCGUCCGACCCGUCUAAGGUCGUGAAGCGGCCGCCGGCCGUGGCAGCGGAUUCGGAGGUCUACAAGAUGCUGCAGGAGAACCAGGAGUCGGACGAGCCGCCUCGGCAGUCGGCCUCCUUCAAGGUGCUGCAGGAGAUUCUGGAGACGGGCGACUCUGAUAAACCUUCGGGCUUCAGGAGUGUGAAACCACCAACAACAAAGAUCGGCUCGUCGGUGGGAAACGCCGACAGGCUGCCCCUCUGUGAUAAAUGUGGAUCUGGGAUCGUGGGGAUGGUGGUGAAGCUGAGGGACAAGUUCCGCCACCCCGAGUGCUACACCUGCACGGACUGCGACGUCAACCUCAAACAGAAGGGACAUUUCUUUGUGGAGGAGCAGAUUUACUGUGAGAAGCACGCGCGCGAGCGGGUGACGCCACCCGAGGGCUACGACGUGGUCACCGUCUUCCCCAAGUAGAGCCGGGACCGAGAGGCUGCACGCCGCCACGUCGACCCGAAACCUCACCCUCGACCCCCGAGACCAUGAGAUGGUCUCUGGCAUUCCACUUCAGUGCAGGCGGGGCAGGAAAAGGAACCCUGCCUGAAAAAUGUCGAUUUGCACAAUACGAGGAAAGAAAAUUGGUUGAGAUGAAACAAUUUCUUCUCUAUGAGGGAAAAGAAAUGUCUGAAUAUAAGUCACUUUGUUGUGCUCUUGUUUGUCUGUGUUCAUGUUCAAAGGAAAGCCCAAACUGUCAUCAACUCAAAUAAACUUCACAUUUUCUACAGUUUUUAUUAAAUAUAAAACAGUUUCAAAAAGCAAAAUGGAGAAAAAAAAAAGUUGUGUAAUUGCCAAAUAAAUAUUUUAGCUUACA